ACACUCGGUUGACGUGUCAAACCGCAUCAAAACAGAACGAGAAUUAGAACUACACUUUUGCAAUAACUUUUUACGGUGUUAUUAAACAUCAAGUGUUAUGUUUGUUAACUUCCUUUGCAUCCUAGAGUUGUAAAUUGUCUUUGAUUUGUUUUAUUAUCAACACAGCAUCAAAUAAAAAAUGAGCAAAGUGGUGCUGGUUACCGGUGGAACCGGUCUCAUUGGAAAGGCUAUCGAGACGGUGAUCAAGGAAGAAAAUCCGGCGGAUGAGCGAUGGGUUUUCGUAGGAUCAAAAGACGCAGAUCUAACAGAUCUAGCUGCAACGCGGGCAAUGUUUGUCAAGCAUCAACCAACGCACGUGGUCCAUCUGGCAGCGAUGGUCGGCGGACUGUUCCACAACAUGAGCAACAAUUUGGAUUUCUUCCGCAAAAAUAUGCUUAUCAACGAUAACAUUCUUCUCCUAAGCCAUGAGCUGAAGGUAAAGAAGGUCGUGUCGUGCCUCUCGACCUGUAUCUUCCCCGAUAAAACGUCCUAUCCCAUCGAUGAAACUAUGAUUCAUAACGGUCCUCCACACGAUUCGAACUUCGGGUACAGUCACGCCAAGCGGAUGAUCGACGUGCUAAACCGAGCCUACAAUCAACAGUACGGCGACAUGUUCACCUCCGUAGUGCCUUGCAACGUGUUUGGACCGCACGAUAACUUUGUGCCGGGUGUAAGCCACGUCAUUCCGGGCAUGAUUCAUCGUUUGCAUGAGCUUAUGUUUGUCAAAGACCCCGACCAACCGCAAGAGGGAAAAGUAUUCUCCGUGUACGGUACGGGAAAACCGCUCCGGCAGUUCAUUUACUCGCUGGAUCUUGCCAAGCUCUUCAUCUGGGUGCUGCGUGAGUAUGACAGUGUAGAACCGAUCAUCCUAUCGGUGGACGAGUCGACUGAAGUGUCGAUCGCUCAGCUCGCUGAAUCCCUUGCGAAAGCUUUCGAGUUCAAGGGAAAGCUCGAGUUCGACACUACCAAAGCGGACGGCCAGUACAAGAAGACAGCCUCGAAUGCGAAGCUAAGGAAGCAUCUUCCGCAUUUUAAGUUUACCGACUUUGAUGUCGCUAUUAAGGACACCGUGCAGUGGUACAUUGAAAACUACGAGCAAGCAAGGAAGUGAAUAAAGGAGUAAAGUUUUUCUUAAGCCAAAUAGAAAGUCAUCAUGAGCAGAAAAAGUUUUCAAAAAAGAAAAAACGCAAACGCUAACGGAAAUUAUUUCCUAAAAACGA